AUGAGUGCUGCCUUUGCAAGGAGUGCUGCCUUCACACGGAAUGCAGCCUUCGCAUGGAGUGCUGCUUUUGCUCAGAGUGCUGCCUUCGCAAGGAGUGCAGCCUUCACAAGGAGUGCUGCCUUCGCAAGGAGUGCUGCCUUCGCAAGGAGUGCUGCCUUUGCACAGAGUGCUGCCUUUGCAGGGAGUGCUGCCUUUGCACAGAGUGCUGCCUCCGCAAGGAGUGCUGCCUUUGCAUGGACUGUUUCCUUCGCAAGGAGUGCUGCCUUUGCAACGAUUGCUGCCUUCGCAAGGAGUGCUGCCUUCGCUAGGAGUGCUGCCUUCGCUAGGAGUGCUGCCUUCGCUACGAGUGCUGCCUUCGCAGGGAGUGCUGCCUACACAGGGAGUGCUGGCUUCGCAAGGAGAGCUGCCUUCACAAUGAGUGCUGCCUUUGCAAGGAGUGCUGCCUUCGCAAGGAGUGCUGCUUUUGCACGGAGUGCAGCCUUCGCACAUAGUGCUGCCUUCACACGGAGUGCUUCCUUUGACAGAGUGCUGCCUUCGCACGGAGUGCAGCCUUCGCACGUAGUGCUGCCUUCGCACGGAGUGCUGCCUUUGCACAGAGAUCUGCAUUCGCAUUGA